UUCCUUGCUAACCGCCAUUACCAGAGAAGAAGAAGAAGUUGUAAAGGAACACCCGCCAUGCAGGAGCGCUUCAGUUGAGUUUUCACGUUUAAACCGCCUCUCUGUUUGCUGUUUUACAUGCAGUCAGCUGCAGAAACAUCCUCUGGACGUUAAACAAAAUCUCAGUUUAACUGAAUUUAGCGGCGGGAAUCUCGCUAAAAGCCACCAUGACCCAACAAGCCGCGGCUCUUCAGACCUACAACAACGAGCUUGUGAAGUGUAUCGAGGACCUGUGCUCGAAGCGGGACGAGCUGAACCGCCAGAUCCGACAGGAGGAAGACGAGAAGGAGAAACUCCAGCACGACAUCCGGCUUCUGUCCGAGAAGCUAAGCCGGAUCAACGAGAGCAUGGCGCAAAGACUGACCACCAGGGCCAGCCUGGACCGCACCAUCGCAGAGACGGAGGCUGCAUACGCCAAGAUCCUGGAGAGUUCCCAGUCUCUACUGAGUGUCCUGAAACAGGAAGCAGGGAACCUCAACAAAUCCCCAGAGCAGUGGAAAAAGUAGCACCAAGAAAAACUCUGCGCUCUGCUGGACCCUGAUUUUGCACUUUUAAACCCAUUUUCUUGUGUUCAUUUUAAUAAUAUAUUUUUUUCUCCUUUUAAAGCAAUAAAUGUUUGAUUUUUA